UACCAUGGCAAACAUGGCAAUCGCCUCAAAUAUUAUGAAAAGGCUUCAAGGCAAGGUUGCACUGAUAACUGGUGGUGCUAGCGGUAUUGGCGAGUCCACCGCUAGACUUUUUGUCAAACAUGGAGCGAAAAUAGUCAUUGCUGACAUUCAAGAUGAUUUGGCCAAGAAAGUAUGCCAAGAUUUGGAUCCUUCAUCAGCUUCACAUGUUCACUGUGAUACAACUCAAGAAUCUGAUAUAGAAAAUGCAGUGAACACUACAGUUUCUAAGUAUGGGAAGCUAGACAUCAUGUUCAACAAUGCUGGUAUAGCGGGAUCAGGCACAUCCAACAUUCUUGACGACAAAAAAUCUGAUUUUGAACGCGUAAUCAGCGUAAACCUUGUAGGUGUAUUUUUAGGCGCAAAACAUGCUGCAAGAGUGAUGAUUCAUAAUCGCUGUGGCAGUAUAAUAAAUACAGCAAGUGUAUGUUCUACCCUAGGCGGAGGUGCUCCUCAUGCUUACGUGAGUUCAAAGCAUGCUGUGGUAGGCCUAACAAGAAAUACUGCUAUUGAUCUCGGACGAUAUGGCAUUCGCGUGAACUGUCUGUCGCCCUACUAUGUUCCCACGCCUUUGGCGGCGGAUGUCGUCGAAAGAAUCUAUGGUGGAGUUUCUAAAGUAUAUAAGUUUCUGGAUGGUGCGGAACUGAAGGCAGAAGAUGUAGCUGAUGCAGCUCUUUACUUGGCAAGUGAUGACUCCAAAUAUGUCAGUGGGCACAACCUUGUGGUUGAUGGAGGCUACAGUAUUGUUAAUUCAGCUAUGUGUAUGUAUGAGAACUCACAAAAAUGAGGAGUUUUCAUUAU